AUGAAUGCAGAAAUACAGCGGCACUUUUGGAAACGCAAGAAGGAUUUGAGAUAUGUCUCUCCGAAGAAGGACGCAAACCAAGAGAUCCAGAUGCUUGAAGAAAUGCCGGCAGCUGUAAAGGUGAAAGUUCUUGCGGCUCGAAACCUUCCAGUGAUGGACCGGACAUCCUUUCUCACUGAUGCUUUUGUUGAGGUUCGUCUUGGAAACACCAUGUUCAAAACAGAGGUUAUUCGGCGUACACUGAAUCCCGAGUGGAAUUCUGACUGGUUUUGCUUUGAGCUCAACGAGGAAGCUCUACUCGAGGAAGCGCUCCAAGUUCGCGUACUUGACCAUGACACCUACAGCGCUCACGACGCCAUUGGUAGAGUGUACGUUGACCUUACGCCACUGCUUCAAACAGAACAGAAGCGCACUCUUAAUGGCUGGUUCCCACUGUACGACACCAUGCAUGGCAUUCGUGGUGAAAUUAAUCUCGCAGUACGUGUUGACCUAUUCUCCGACGCCUGCAGACAACGAUUCUCGUCACUUGGAGUCCGGUUUUUUUUCAGCUCUUCCAUUCCUUCAGGAUACAGAGUGAUCAGCCUCAUCGGUUUUGUCCGAGAAUUAGUUAUGAACGACGACCCAGAGCAUCAGUGGAUUGAGAAAAUUCGGACCUCAAGAGCUUCCAACGAGGCUCGACAAUGCCUUUUCUCGCAGCUAGCGGGCGAACUACAAAGCAAGUUGAGCCGGAAGGUUCUUAGCUUAGGCGGGAACGCGGUCAUUGGGUAUCGGUUGCACUUUGAUCUGGAGGGUGACACAGGAAUCGUGGCACGAGCCAUUGGAACUGCCGUUCGACUUCAGCGCUCUCCUACCAAUAGUCAGCUAAGAAUAUCGCUGCUGAGGAAAAAUUCAGAAAAAGGUGAUUCUGAAGUGGAAACAAAAGUACCAGUCCAGGGCGAGAGUGAUGCUAAGCCGUAUGUCAAUCCCCCAAUUGGCGGGUAUGCGUUGUCUUCUCCCAAACCCCUCAAUGCUGCAGAAUUCCCUUUCCUUACGAUUUCACACCCACCGAGAGGACUUAUUCGCCACUUUGGCAGUGUUAUUGUUGCAAGAUCUGUCAAGCUUUUAGACAAAAAUGCAACAGAAACUGUAAAUUCUCGAGUGGCUUGGUGGCUGGAGCUUCGAACGGAGGCGCUGACACGUAUGUACAAUGUUGGCUGUGACGCACUCGUCGGCUACCGCGAGGAGUGUACCAUCUACGAGGACAUCUGUGUACUCUCUGUCUCCGCCACCGCGGUGACGCUCAACCAACUUUGGACCCAUUUCUUCGACGUUCCUGGACCCUCUUCCUUUCGGCCCUCGAAAUCAUCCUCCUUGAGACAAGGCCGAGUGGCGGACAUUAUUCAGAAUGAACGCGACCACGUCACUGAUAUACCCAGCGGUCUUCCUGUCUCUCCCAAUCCUAAAGGGGUCGCAGACAAUUCUCCUUGGACAUGCUCAAAUUACGAUUGCAGUGUUUGUCACAUACCAUCACUAAAUCAGGCUCUGCCGCCCAAUAAAUCAAUGCGAUGCCGAGUGUGCCGAGUGGCUUUUGUCCCCGAAUUUCUCCUCUCCACGACGGAUUUUCCUCCUGAAUUGUCUGUCGUCGGUAGACCAUCAUUCAUUCAGGUUGGUUUGAGUCGCUCAAAAAAAGUGGAGAAGGGCGAGUCGGCUGCUCGAGAAAUCAGUGAGCUGCUUCCUUACAUCGAAUACGAACUUCACUACCGACUCUUACAAAAACUGAGGUUGCGAGGGAUGAAUGCCAUUUUUGGACUUUCUCUUCAGUUGGCUAUUGGUGAGGAUUUAGUAGUCGUACUAGCGACUGGUACUGGAGUCUGUAUUCCAGCGCUUCCAUCUGCACAACUCCCAAAGGUGUGCCCUGUGAGUGGAAACCUCAGCACCCUACAUACCGAUCUAUUGCGUAACUUAAGGACUUUCAACGACAGAUGCUGCGUGCUAUUUGGAAUCCCAAAAGAAGCUCAUGGAUCAUUGCAAAUUGAACGGGAAAACGGUUACAGCGACCCCUUUGAUUCGUUGGAAGGGGGAGUCAAAGCAGGCAAGGAGGAGGAGGUGGUGGCGACAGCUGUAACUAAAAGAAGCGGAAUCAUCGUUCCAAAUGAUUCUGUAACGAACGAAAAAGACCAUAGUGAACAUGCGAGUACCUACUUUGUGGAUGCUCGGGAACCGGAGCCGGAGGAAUUGAAUUCUCUCCUUAGUGAUCCGCUCCCACCACCUGGGCUUCUAUUCUCGACAACGGAUUAUCUCCCAAAUGACGAAAGUUUUGCUUGGCUUGUCAAGAUUAAACGAGAACAAAGUGAUUGCGCCUCCAACAGUUUCUCCUGGCGACGUCUUUAUUCAUUUGUAAAAGUUCACACCAUUCAAACCCUAAAAGCGGAUGACGCACUGGGCUCAAUGCUCUUAUGCUACUCGAAUAGUGGUCCACUAGUCGGUGAUAUCUCUCUACCCAUUCUCCACUCCUCAACCUCAUUUGACUCUACGCUGAAUGCUCCCUUGGUCAAUAAGUGCAUGGCCAAGUGCCUGCGUGAUUGCAACCAGCUUACAUGGUUUCACUUCCGCUGUGUCAUGCCCUGUGCCAUCACCUCUCUCAGGUACCGUCUAACCGUCGUUGACGACGAUGUUGUGCAAAUAAUUUGCAGUGGAGUAGCACUUUCUCUUUCAAAUGAAGAAUCUGCUUCAUGCAAAAACAUUUCUUUAGGAGUGCUUAAGGCUGAGGGUCAGAAAUUGUCGGUUAGCAAUACACGUAGAAGUCUAUUUAACAGACCCAAGGGUUUUCGGUCGGUCCCCGUGAUGGAGCCCAAAACAAUCAGUCAAGCGAGCGAAUUUGAAAGCAACUAUCCUGAACAAUCUGCUGGGAAAAGCUCCAAUAAAAAGGCUAAGUGGUGGAAACCCUUUUCCAAAGAUUCAUCCGCCAAUCGCUCGGAAGCCUCGACUUCUGCCAAAUUUUCCGACGGCCUAAACGAUCGCCCGAACGCUCAUAGUGGCUUCGAUACAUCCGAAGGAAAGUGCAUUCUUACACCUUCUCCCAAACUCCUCGACUGCGAAGGAACACACUACUUGGGCAGCUACUCUUUCUUUUUUGUUCGGGAAACCAACGAUCUGAGGGAGGUAAGCUCUAUUACAUCCAAACUUAAUCGAUCUGAUGGAAUCGACUUAGUCAACCACUACUUUAAUGGAGACAAUGUGAAAUCUGACUCUCUUUUGUUUCAGAUGGGUGGACUGAGGUGUUUUAUUCAUGCAGCUGUGAUGGAAGCCCAAGCAGUAGCGGCAGCACACACUGUAGGACUUGGGGGAAAUGCAUUGCUUUCGUACCAGAUCACUGACUUGCUGAUCACACGACCAGCCUCGCGGAACCAGGCCCAGUGCCUCGUAAACUUAUGCGGUGAUAUGGCUCGGACCAGUGCGAAUUGA